UCAAUAAAUAUCCUUUGUAUCCUCCAACCAAAUGGCUCACUCGCCAUCCCCAUCAUCAUUAUCAUCUCUCUCUCUCUCUCUCUGCAAAUCCUAACUCAGUUUUGUGUUGGCCUAGGUUAACUAGAAUUUCACCGCGGGAAAAAAAUGACGUCAUGGGACGACGGGAAACACACGAAGGUGAAGAAAGUGCAAAUUACGUAUGGUGACGUCAUCAAUUCCGUUGAGUUCGAAUACAACAGUAACGGCAAAACUUUAACGUCACCGAGACGCGGCGGUGUCGGAAGCAAAUCCGAUGGGUUCACGUUGACACCGGACGAGUACAUAACGGAAGUGACUGGUUACCACACGACCAGACCGAACGGGCAGGAAGUUAUAACGGCGUUAACGUUCAAGACCAAUCAAAGAACACUUGGUCCGUACGGAAACAAAACCAGAAACUACUUCUCCGUCAACUCUCCCAAGGACAAUCAGAUCGUCGGUUUCAAUGGAAGCAGCAGCGAUGUCCUUCACUCCAUCGACGUUCACUUUGGCCCCAUAGUCGCCGCCGGAACCGGAUCCGGAACGGGACCGGGAGCCGGUGGAGCGGAAAAAGUGGAAGCACAAGGAGGAAAAGGAGGCAAUGGAUGGGAUGACGGAGCGAAUCACGACGGUGUGAGGAAGAUUGUGGUCGGAGCUGGUCGGAAAGGCAUUCACUACGUCAAGUUCGGUUACGACAAGAGUGGACAGCUCGAAGAUGCGCCACUCCACGGAUCUGCAACUGGAGCAUCUUCUCCAACACAGUUUGAAAUCGACCAUCCCGACGAGUAUAUUAUAUCGGUCGUGGGCCACCAUGACGGUGGCAUCAUUCAGGGACUUCAAUUCAAAACCAACAAGAAGGAUUCUCAGGUCUUUGGUUAUGCCGACGGUACUAAGUUCACGCUCGAGGUCAAAGACAAGAAGAUUGUCGGUUUCCAUGGAUUCGCUGACACGACUCUCAAUUCUCUUGGAGCGUACUUUAGACCCAUUUCCUCCUCCUCGUCGUCUUCAAUUGAUAAACUCAACCCAAGCCUCUCCAUGAAAGUUUGUGGGAAACACACGAAGGUGAAGAAAGUGCAGAUUACGUAUGGUGACGUCAUCAACUCCGUCGAGUUCGAAUACGACGACAACGGCAACGCUCUCAAGUCACAGCGACAUGGCAAUGUCGGAAAUCAAUCAGAUGGGUUCACGCUGAAACCCGACGAGUACAUAACGGACGUCACUGGUUACUACACGACCAGACCGAACGGGCAAGAAGUUAUAACGGCGUUAACGUUUACGACCAACAAAGGAACAUAUGGUUCUUACGGAAAGAAAACCAGAAACUACUUCUCCGUCAACUCUCCCAAGGACAAUCAGAUCGUCGGUUUCAAUGGAAGCAGCAGCGAUGUCCUUCACUCCAUCGACGUUCACUUUGGCCCCAUAGUCGCCGCCGGAACCGGAUCCGGAACGGGACCGGGAGCCGGUGGAGCGGAAAAAGUGGAAGCACAAGGAGGAAAAGGAGGCAAUGGAUGGGAUGACGGAGCGAAUCACGACGGUGUGAGGAAGAUUGUGGUCGGAGCUGGUCGGAAAGGCAUUCACUACGUCAAGUUCGGUUACGACAAGAGCGGACAGCUCGAAGAUGCGCCACUCCACGGAUCUGCAACUGGAGCAUCUUCUCCAACACAGUUUGAAAUCGACCAUCCCGACGAGUAUAUUAUAUCGGUCGUGGGCCACCAUGACGGUGGCAUCAUUCAGGGACUUCAAUUCAAAACCAACAAGAAGGAUUCUCAGGUCUUUGGUUAUGCCGACGGUACUAAGUUCACGCUCGAGGUCAAAGACAAGAAGAUUGUCGGUUUCCAUGGAUUCGCUGACACGACUCUCAAUUCUCUUGGAGCGUACUUUAGACCCAUUUCCUCCUCCUCGUCGUCUUCAAUUGAUAAAGUGGAAGCCCAAGGAGGUAAAGGAGGCAAUGAAUGGGAUGAUGGAUCAAAUCACGACGGCGUGAAAAAGAUUGUCGUUGGAGUUGGGAGGAAAGGCGUCCACUACGUCAAAUUCGAUUACAACAAAAGCGGACAGCUCGAGGCUGCACCACUCCAUGGCUCUACUAAUGGAGCUUCUUCCCCAUCUUUUGCAUUUGAGAUUGACCAUCCCGACGAGUACAUCCUGUCAGUUGUGGGUUACUACAAUGUUGAAAACAUUCAGGGUCUACAAUUCAAAACCAACAAGAAAGAAUCUCAGGUUUUUGGAUACGACGACGGUACUAAGUUCACGCUCGAGGUCAACAACAAGAAGAUUGUCGGGUUCCAUGGAUUUGCCGAUAGAACUCUCAAUUCUCUCGGAGCUCACUUUGCGCCGACGAGUAGUACCACUCCUUCUGCAGCGAAUAAAUUGGAAGCCCGAGGCGGUAAAGGCGAAACUGUUUUCGAUGAUGGAGCUUUCGACGGUGUGAGAAAAGUGUAUGUCGGACAAGGUGAUUCCAGUGUGGCUUACGUCAAGUUCGAGUAUGACAAAGGUGGAAACGUCGAACAACGUGAUUACGGGAAGAAGACGAUGCUCGGUACAGAAGAGUUCGAGCUCGAGCAGGGCGAGUACAUCACGUCGGUGGAGGGAUACCACGACAAAAUCUUCGGCUAUAAAGCCGAGGUUAUCACGGCUCUCAUUUUCAAGACAUCCAAGGGGAGAACCUCUCCACCGUACGGAAUCACGGCCGGAACGAAAUUCGAACUGGACGGCAAAGGCGGCAAGCUGGUCGGGUUCCACGGAAGCGUAGGAGAAGUUCUUCAUUCUCUUGGAGCUUAUUUCGCUCCACCGACCACUCCAUUGGCUCCACCCAAUAACUGAGAACAGCUCAACCCAAGCCUCUCCAUGAAAGUGUGCGGUCCGAGUGUGAAUAAGCUGUUUCCUUUACUUUAGUUGUGUUGUUUCGUGUCGCCAUGUUUGUUCUGUGACUCUGUCUUUGAUUAUGAAAGGAUGUGUCCAUGAAUAAGGGAGGCUUGGCCAAUCUCUAUGUAUGGUCAUAUUUAAUAUAUAUACAGUUUGAACACAGCUUAUCAUAA